UGUGAUGGUUCGACGUCACUUCCGGCUCUGAGCUGCAUGAUGGCGGUGCCCAUGAUAGGUCUGGCACAUUGACUUCGUGAAGUGUACCCUUUCCUCAACCCAGCCCGGGGAGAUUUCACCAAUAAAUGAUUUAACCGAAAUCGUCUCGACUGAAUCUGAAGUGAAUCGCAGAUCAUGGCUCUCCACAGACUGUCCUUCAGACUACGGCAAACGGUAACACAUGUAAGGUCCCUUCAUACCAGUGGAUGUGGGCAGCAGCAGGAGGCUGUGGCAGUGGAGUCAGAACCUGAGCCGUUCUCAGUUUUCAGAACACAGGAGAAUGACCCAGCUUGUCAAUCAGAGAAACAAUUCGGACAGUAUUACACGCUGCCCUCUGCACACGUCCGCACUCUGUUCCCUCACGGUCUCCCUCGGCGCUAUCAGCAACAGGUGAAGACGUUUAAUGAAGCCUCUAUGAUGGUGAGGCAGCCGGCUCUAGAGGUCAUCUCUUACCUGAAGAAAGCAGAUUACAGCAAACCUUCUCUACGAUAUUUAUUCUAUGGGCUGAAGGGCAGUGGGAAGACCAUGUCUCUCUGUCACACACUCCACUUCUGCUACACACAGGGAUGGUUGGUGCUGCACGUUCCUGAUGCUCAUCUCUGGGUGAAGAACUGCAAAGAGCUGCUGCCCUCCUCCUAUAACACCUCUCGCUUUGAUCAGCCAUUACAAGCCACCGAAUGGUUACGCAACUUCAGAAUCACCAAUGAGCAGUUCCUUUCAAAGAUAAAGACAAAGCAGCGCUAUGCGUGGACAAAGAGGGAGUUCACUGAGGAAGGAAGUCCACUCGGGCAGCUGGUCGAUCAGGGUAUAUCUCGUGUGAAGAGCAGCAGUGACGUGGUGGGGGCGGUGAUGAAGGAGCUGAGGCUGCAAAGCGGGCCGGAGUCAGACUUCCGUCUGGCCCUGGCUGUGGAUGGUGUCAACGCCCUGUGGGGAAGAUCCACCAUCAAGAAGGAGGAUAAGAGUGCUGUGGAGCCAGACGAGCUCACUUUGGUAUAUAACCUGAAAAAGCUGAUGACCAACGGCUGGACUGGAGGCGCCAUCAUCACCACUCUGUCUCAGACGGGGUCUCUCUACACCUCAAAAUCUGACUACUUGCCUCAACAGCUGCUGGGAGAGAGGGGGUUUGACAGCAUGGACCCGCUCAUCCCGGUGUCGGUGCCCAACUACAGCGAGAAGGAGUUUGAGAGCUAUUACCUUUAUUUAAUGGACCGCCAGUGGCUGCAGCAUCCACAGAGUCGAACAGAGGAAGGAAAGAAAGAACUCAUCUUUUUGAGCAACAGAAAUCCAUCGGUGUUGGACAGAAUUUGUGCUUUUCUAUGAAGUUACAUAAAGACUUAAAUCACACACACACACAUAAAUAUCCUACACCCAGAUAUCAGUGUCCUAGAAAUACAUAAAUAUACCAAUGUCCAUAUCUAUAAUAUCUGUAAAUUAUGUUGCAUGUGUGUAACUUUGAUAAUAAAAUGUUGAAUAAAGUAACAA